AGCGCGUAACCUGAUCGUGGCAACACGUUCACCACGCGCUCCCCGUACUUUUAUACCCGUAUCCCUGUGUUUUGUGUAUAUAGUGCUGUAUAGAAGCUUGAUUUUAGUAUGAUGGCCUCCAUCAUAACGGAAAGUGUCUUUUCGGAAUCGAAUUUAUUAUUGAGCUGAUUAAUGUAUGUGAUAAGAUGGCACCACGGAAACGAGCUUUGAUUUGGCUCCAGUGAAUGGGAAUAUUGCCCAACGAUAGUAAAACAAAAUGCAGAAAAGGGAUAAGGUGCCGCAGCCCCCCGCCCUGAAGCUCACUUUGCUCAACGUGCCGGGGUAUAACAGCGUCCCAACGGAGAACUUCGUGACUCUAGACGAUGAAGAACUCCGCCAUUCUCAGGAGGAGUCCCUGAAGGUGGGCAGGCCUGCAGGAGAUGGCCCCGAAGGUUCGUCCUCCAGGUUUAGUGUCACCGCCGUGGCCGACGAGCUGGUGCCCAAAUCCCCGACCAGGAAGAAAGUGGGGUUUCGGUCGGACCAGAUGGUGUCGUUGAGCUUCAAGUCUCUAGAGUCGUACAUCUCGGAGGAUAACCUGACGGGGCUGCAGUCCUUCCUCGCCUCCCGCUCCGUGGUCAUCGACGACAAGGACGAGAAUGGCUCGACGGCGCUCAUACUGGCGGCCAGCAAGGGCAAGCCGGAGUUCUGCAAGGAGUUGCUACUGCAUGGAGCGGACGUCAACGCCGAGGACAACGAUCAGUGGUCGGCCCUCAUUACGGCAGCGAAGGAUGGGUAUGAGGAGACGGUGGCGACACUCCUCGACAAUGGAGCCAACAUUAAUGCAAAGGACAUGGGCGGGUGGACAGCGCUCAUGUGGGCGUGUUACAAGGGUCACACGAACCUGGCGAGACUGCUCCUGGCUCGGGGAGCGGACUCGAACACGCAAGGGCAGCACCACAUGAGCUCCCUCGUGUGGGCGUCCGGCAGGGGACACACGGCCAUCGUCAGGGAGCUCCUCGCCCACGGGGCCAAGGUCAACAUCGGCGACAAGUUCGGCACGACGCCGCUCAUCUGGGCGUGCCGGAAGGGUUACUACGAGAUCGCCGAGGACCUGCUCAAGCACGGAGCCAGCGUGGAUGCCUCCGGGAUGUACUCCUGGACACCAUUACUGGUAGCAACAAAGGGCAACUAUGUAGAUUUGGUGAAUCUUCUGCUAGAACAUCGGCCCAACCUUAAUGCCCUGGAUAAGGAUGGUGGCACAGCCCUUACUAUAGCUUGCAAGGAAGGUUAUACCGAAAUUGCCACAGCUCUACUCAAUGCUGGAGCCUAUGUCAAUGUACAGGAUAGAAACUGUGAUUCCAACCUCAUUCAAGCAGCAAGAGGAGGCCAUAAAGCAGUGGUAGAAGCAUUGCUUAAAAAGUAUGCGGAUGUAGACAUGGUAGGGAAGGAGAGGAAAACCGCUCUCUAUUGGGCUGUUGAGAAAGGCCACACAUCUGUUGUAAAGGUGCUACUGAGUGCCAACCCAGACUUAGAGCACACCACCAAGGAUGGAGACACAGCUCUUCUCAGAGCAGUGAGGACCAAGAAUGCAGAGGUGGUGCAGCUGCUGGUGGAUAAGAGGGCACGAGUUUCUGUAGCAGAUAAAAAAGGAGACACUGCUCUUCACAUAGCCAUGAGAGGUCGAUCUAAGAGGAUAGUAGAAAUUUUAUUAAGGAACCCAAAGAACAGUCAACUUUUGUAUCGUCCUAAUCGUUCUGGUGAGACUCCGUACAAUAUUGACCUGUCAAACCAGAAGACAAUCCUUGGGCAGAUCUUUGGUGCCCGUCGUUUGAACACAAAUGAGGACAACGAGAACAUGUUGGGUUAUGACCUCUAUUCUUCCUCUAUGGCAGAUAUUCUCAGUGAGCCUUCUCUUUCAAUGCCUAUAUCUGUUGGCCUUUAUGCUAAAUGGGGUUCUGGAAAGUCUUUCCUUAUUCGCAAACUCAAAGAGGAGAUGUGUAGUUUUGCUCGCCAGUGGGUAGAACCUCUAUUCCAGUUCUCCCCUUUGGUGGUGCUGGUUGUAGUGCAUCUCUCCCUUUUGGUGGGACUUAUUGCUGCCGUUCCUACCAUUUCAUGGGAGAUAGGUUUGGCUGCAGGUGGAUCAGUGUUCCUUGUCAUUACGCUCUUCCUUGUGGCAGUUUGGCAUGGCUCUAGAAGGUAUGACUGGCAUUUGUGGUAUAGAUGGAGUGUGGCACUAGCACAUCAAGUGGCAGCCUUUAAGUUAGUUCUUCAGGUAAUCUUCUGUUCACCUCCUGGACCACAGUGGAAAGAGUGGAAGGAUGGAGUGCAAGCUAGACCUCUAAAGUUCAUUUUUGCGGAGGGAGCCAAGCCGAGCAGUACAGCAGGGGGUGAAAACUCUGUGGUGCAGAUGUUAGGAUCUCUCUUUGACAUGGUAGAAAAAGAAUAUGGCAUGUUUGCUACCAGAUUCUAUAGGGCAUUUAGACCUAAACCUCAGGGUGUAUCAGCACCAUGGAAAUAUCGCCGGUUAUGCUGUAUGCCUUACAUUGUUAUCUUCUUUGUUACACUCUUCUGUCUUGUAACAGUAUUUGUAAUUGGUGGACUCUUUGGGUUCCAUGAACAAACAUAUGACAACACUACUGAAUCAAGUAUUUCUAAAAGAGAUUUAACAGAAGAUGAGGAUGAUGAUGCAAGCGGAGAGUCUAGUGAAGAAGCCCCAUAUGUUGACACGCGACCAUACCAUGGCGCUCUCAUGAAUCCUCUGUUGAUCACCUUGGGAGUCUUGGCUGCAGUGGUUGUGGUUGCCAACCUGCACACCCUUGCCAGGAUGUUUGGUUCACUUAUCUUCUCUCACCGCCGCCAUCUCAUCCGUCGUGUAGCGAAGCUUGAUACCAUCAAAGCUGAAGGUUAUCUACAAACCCUCAAGAGUGAGGUCAACCUUAUGGUGGAGAUGGUAAAGUGCCUAGAUGCCUUUACAGCCCAGCAAACAAGACUGGUGAUUGUGGUGGAUGGGUUAGACAGUUGUGAGCAGGAGAAGGUGCUGUCUGUUUUAGAUGCAGUACACACGCUCUUCACUGACUCCUCAGCUCCAUUCAUCAUUUUACUUGCCAUUGAUCCUCACAUCAUUACCAAAGCUAUAGAGCUCCAUGUUCAUCGGGUAUUCAAUGAAUCUUCCAUCAGUGGGCAUGACUACCUUAGGAACAUUGUCCACCUGCCAUUCUACCUGCAGAACUCUGGGCUCCGCAAAGUCAAGCAGGCGCAACAGGCAGCUGAGAAGACCAGGGGAAGAUCACAGAGCAUGUGGUUAGAGGUAGAGACAGACUCCGUAAGCAUUGCCACAACCUCCGCUAUGGGUGGCAUUAGCCAUAUUCCUGCUAAUCGUCGCAUGUCAUCAGAGAGCGGUCUAAGUUCUUCCCAGAACCUUAGAAGAAACAAUAGCAAGAGUAGCAGGAGAACUCUCAGGCCAUCAGAUUCUGUUGCUUCCAGUAUAGGCUCUAAUCUCAAUAGGGUUGGAGGUGCUCAGGAUCUAACAAAGGUGUUAUUAACAGAUGAUUACUUUAGUGACAUAAAUCCAAGAUCAAUGCGAAGGUUGAUGAAUGUUGUUUACAUCACUGGCAGGUUGUUAAAGGCAUUCCACAUAGAUUUCAACUGGUAUCACUUAGCUUCAUGGAUUAAUAUUACUGAACAGUGGCCAUACCGUGCUUCAUGGCUUAUCCUGUUUUAUGAGGCCAAUGAGGACACCCUAGAUGAUAAGUGCUCUCUGAAGGAUCUCUUUGAAAAAAUCAAGAACCAGGUUCCAAACUCCAAGGAAGUUGAGCCUCUCUUGGAGAUGGACAAAGAGGAAAAGAAAUUUGAAAUCUUUCUCUCUAUGCACAAAAGUUCCUUACAUGUAUCAGACCUCAAAGUCUUCCUUCCAUUCACCAUUAACCUGGAUCCAUUCAUUAGAAAGGUAAUCAAGGAGGAUCAGCCACAAUUUGAUGAUAUGGGACCACAGUUCACCGCCAAUCCUACUAGUCCUUGGUCCUUCCAACAGUAUGACCCACAGAGUAAAGUUACUACAACGCCAAGGAGACCAGUAAGAGGCAAUCAGAAGAACUCUACAGCCACCAUGCCACCCAUGAAUCCACUCAUGUGGGGUUAUGGUCCACCAUUCCUUCCUUCCAUCCAGUCAGCCCCAUCAGUUGACUUCAACCCUGUUCCCAUGAAUAUGAAUCACUGCUUCAAAUACUGCCAGUUUACCACCUGAAGCUGCAGAUAAGAAGCUCUCCAGCUUGUCCAUUGAAGGUUUGUUUGAGAUAUUCAGCAAGGUUGAAGGUGUUUCCACAGGCAUGCUGCCAACCUACAAAGAAAGAUUUAUUGAGCAUAAUAUCAAUGGAAAAGUUCUGCUGCACUGUGAUCUGGAUGACCUGAAGAAGGUUUUGCAUAUGAAUUUUGGAGACUGGGAGUUGUUCCGUGUUCUGGUGCUUGGCUUAAGGGAGCGUGAAGCAGAUGAGGAGUUUAUUGCUAAAAACGUCAGAUUCGCUGAUACGCACAUUCAGCGGAAUGAUUCUCAGGACCUAGAGGACAACGCGGCUCCAAGUAGUCUGUUGAGCACUUCCAGUGGUGAAGGUUCUCUCAUGCGAAGGGGGUCAAGUCGGGCGUCAUCCACCAUGAGCAGUAACAAGGACAGAGAAGACCUUCAUGGAUCAGUCCGAAAAGUUACUAAGCAAAAUCUCCUAGCAAAGCAGGUGACCAUGGAAGAGCAGAUGAUCUUUGGUGCAUUGCAAACCCUAAAUGAGGAAGCCUGUGAAGAUGUGCUUGAAGAGCAAGAAAAGGCUGACCUCGCACCCACAGCCUCCCAUCUCUCAACAAUAACAUCAGACAGUGGCGAUGAGAUGGGUGAUGGUGACAGUGUGAGGCUCAUCGUGCAGACCAACCUGGUGGGCCCACUUCACUAUCCACGAUCACCUACAUACUCACCCAUUUGACAAAGAGAGACUGGUGAAGGAGAGAGCUCUGUGGUUAAUGGAGGGGAGGAGAUGGAUGUAAUGUUCCUGCAGUCGUCACCACUUCUCUCCCAUCGUGUUGUAACGGCACCAACCUCAGAUGUUGAAUCCACUGCACCUUCCCAUGCCUCCAGCUUCUCCCCAUAUAAGCCAAACAAUGUGUCACUUUCCAGAGCUUCUUCAUUACGUUGUUCCUCAACCUCCACCUCACCUAAACACAGCACAAGUGACAAACCAUUAGGGAUGCCAACUCUUAGGAAUGAAGGCAGAGAGUCUUCACCUAUAGGAAGGAUUUCAGUGUCAAAUAAUUCUUCUCCACUGCGUCGUAGUCGACCCCAGUCACUUAAUCUGGGUCGUGGGCUUCAUGACCCAGAUGCCUCAAGUCCUGACACUCCACAGCAAGAUAAUCUCAAGGAUGGAGAAAUUCCUCAGGCAUCCUUACCAGAUUUACCAGGUGCAGUGGCGGGAAUGAAACACGUCACCCUUGCAGAGCAAUUCUCCUCCAACUCCAUGGAGAAGCUACGCCGCCUUAAGUAUAAACUCCACCGUGCCCUAGGCUCUCAUGAUGGCCCACUAAGCUUCCCUUCAGAUGAUGCUGAAACAUCACCCUUAGUUUUGGCAACUCCUACACGACCAUCACCAGUAGCCACACCAGACCCAGAAGUGACUAGCCAAAAUGCUAAUUCAAUUGAGCCUUCAAGCAGACCACUAACACCCUUAUUAAAACAAAAUGCUCAUGAUUCUUCACCUGGACGCAUAACUUGCAAAUUGCCAUCUGCUGAUCGUGAAACCCCAGUUUAAGACAACUGCAUGCUGGAAUAAUUAUUUUCAUAUCAUAUAGACUUAAUAAGAAGCUUUCCAUUUAGAAAUAAGGGACAUAUAAACAAACACAGAUGCGCACACGCACUCACACUCACAGGCACACUCACACUCACACUCACACUCCACUC